UUUUAAUAUAGAAAUGAAAGUAUAUGGUAUUAAAUAAGAGGAACGAACUAAUCCACCUCUAGUAAGCAUUCCAAGAAGGCUUCCUUUCUGUAUAAAUAAUAAGUAUCUUCAAUUAGUUUAGACGAGUGAAAACUUCUUAUCAAUUUAAAAACAAUAGGCUGUUAUACAUAAAUUUAUGAGAGCUCUACACUAGUUAUAAUUAGCUUAAAACAAAAUACAUAAUUAACCGAAGUACCCGUUUGUAUUACAACUGUCUAUGAAUGAAUUAAUGGUAAAAAAUUGUUUAACUUUUUAGGUUCAUUUGGGUACCAAUAAAACAGAAUUAACGAUGUCUAAUGAGUUCUCUUUAUAUUCUAAUUUUCAACCAAUUUAAUAUUGCUGUCCUCCUCCAGCUAGCUCCCCAACUCCAACAAUUAAACUUCCGAUAUACAAGAAGAGAGAAGUGAAUGUUCUUUAAGACUAGAAAGACACUAAGAACAUUCCCAAGAAUUACUGCAAGAGUAUCAUCACUUUUGCAUGUAAAAAUUAAAACCUUUGUCUGGAAAUUCUUAAAGACUAGUUGAAAGUUGUUAAAUUCUUGGAGAAGAUUACUGUUUACAAAAAAUAACUAUUAAACAUAAGAAUUUUCAGUAGCCUUUUACAACACUCUGAUGACCCUGAAGAAGAAGAAUUUAGAAGGGCUUUCAGAAUUAUAAGGUAAUUUCAAAUAGUAUUUAUAAAAGUCGGAUAUUUAUCAAGAAAUACGCUAUAAACUAUAUAUUUAACUCGAAGAUAGUCUAGCAUAACUGGCAUAUGAGAUAUAGAUCCUAAAUAUAUAAAGGAGUUAAAAGUCCAAACAAUUUUUCACAUAUUAAAAACUUAUGAAAAAAAUUUGAUUGAAUCCAUUUGAUUAUAAAAUAUGAUUAAUGAAUAACUAAU